AUGUGGAGGUUGAAGAUAGGAGAAGGAAGCGGAAAAGAUGAUCCGAAUUUGAUGAGCACUAACAACUUCACUGGUCGGCAAAUAUGGGAGUUUGAUCCACAUGCCGGCACGUCGGAGGAACGAGCCGAAGUCGAAGAGACUCGCCGGAGUUUUGAGGAUAGUCGACAUCGGGUUAAAGCUUGCAGUGAUCUUUUAUGGCGCAUGCAGUUCCUCAAGGAGAAGAAGUUCGAGCAAGUAAUCCCGCCGGUUAAGGUCGACAAUGCCGAGAGAAUCACGAAAGAAGCAGCGACCAAUGCAUUGCAACGGUCCGUUCACUAUUUCUCGGCGUUGCAGAGCAGCGACGGCCACUGGCCAGCUGAAAUCACAGGUCCACUCUUCUAUGUUCCAGUGAUGGUGUUUUGUUUCUAUAUCACAGGACAUCUUGAUGAGAUAUUCACUAAAGAGCAUCGUAAAGAGAUGCUUCGAUACAUAUAUUGUCACCAGAAUGAAGAUGGUGGUUGGGGAUUACAUAUAGAAGGCAAGAGCGGUAUGUUCUGCACCGCACUGAACUACAUAUGUCUGCGUAUUCUUGGAGAAGGUCCAGAUGGAGGACCAAGAAACGCCUGCAAGCGAGCCAGGCAAUGGAUUCUUGAUCAUGGUGGUGUGACUUACAUACCUUCUUGGGGGAAAUCUUGGCUCUCGAUACUUGGAAUCUAUGAUUGGAGUGGAACCAACCCAAUGCCUCCAGAGAUCUGGCUCCUACCUUCUUGGCUUCCAAUACAUCUUGGGAAAACUACAUGCUUUUGCCGGCUAGUUUACUUGGUCACGUCUUACUUUUAUGGGAAGAGAUUUGUAGGUCCAAUAACACCUCUUGUUCUGAAACUUCGAGAAGAACUCUACGUACAAUCUUAUGAAGAAAUCGAUUGGAAUGGAGCACGACGUUUAUACGCAAAGGAAGACACGUAUUAUCCACAUCCUUCUAUUCAAGAUUUGGUAUGGGACAGUCUUCACGUUUUCGGUGAGCCUUUGCUUACACGUUGGCCACUGAAUAAGCUUGUGAGAGAAAAGGCUCUUAGGGUAGCGAUGGAGUACAUACACUAUGAAGACGAAAAUAGUCGGUAUAUCAACAUUGGAUGCGCUGGGAAGGCAAUGAGCGCACUUGCUUGCUGGGUUGAAGAUCCAAACGGAGAAUAUUUCAAGAAGCAUCUCGCUAGAGUUCCCGAUUAUUUUUGGAUUGCUGAAGAUGGGAUGAAAGUGCAGAGUUUUGGAAGUCAACUGUGGGACGCAGCACUUGCGAUUCAAGCUUUACUUGCUAGUAACCUCUCUGAUGAAACCGCCGAUGUACUCAAGAAAGGACAUGAUUUCAUCAAGAGAUCUCAGAUCAGAGAAAACCCUUCGGGAGAUUUCAAGAAGAUGAACCGACACAUAUCCAAAGGAGGAUGGACCUUUUCAGAUCGAGACCAGGGAUGGAAUGUUUCAGAUUGUUCAGCCGAAGCAUUUAAAUGUUGUCUUCUACUCUCCAAGAUGCCACCUGAAAUUGUUGGCACAAAAAUGGAUCCUGAGCAGCUAUACGAUUCAGUGAACCUCUUACUCUCUUAUCAGAGUGCAAAUGGAGGUAUGACAGCAUGGGAACCUGCCCGUGGAUAUGGAUGGUUAGAAUUGUUCAACCCUACAGAGAUGCUGGCUGAUCUUGUAAUAGAGCGUGAGUACGUGGAAUGUACUUCAUCAGUUAUCCAAGCGUUGCUCAUGUUCAAGAAACUAUACCCAGAUCACAGGACGAGAGAGAUUGAUAGAACCGUUGAAAAGGCGGUGGAAUUCAUAGAAAGCACACAAGAAGCCGAUGGUUCAUGGUAUGGAAGUUGGGGAGUUUGCUACACAUAUGCAACAUGGUUUGCUCUUGAAGGCUUAGCGGCAGUUGGUAAAACUUAUGAAAACUGUUUGGCUAUACGUGAAGGUGUUGGCUUCCUUCUCAAGAAACAAAACAGCAGUGGAGGUUGGGGAGAGAGCUACUUGUCUUGCUCUGAGAAGAGAUACAUAGAGUUGGAAGGAGAAAGAUCAAACGUGGUCCAAACCGCUUGGGCAUUGAUGGGUCUGAUUCAAACGGGACAGGCCGAGAGAGAUCCAUUGCCUCUUCACCGUGCUGCGAAAUUAAUCAUCAAUUCGCAGUUAGAAAACGGAGAUUAUCCUCAACAGGAAAUGACAGGAGUGUUCAUGAAGAAUUGUUUCCUAAACUAUGUCACUUACAGAAACAUCUUCCCUACAUGGGCGCUUGCAGAGUAUCGCAAAGUUAUUUAG